AACAAGCGACAACGAUCUGGAUUGUUAGACCACAGAUUGUUUAAAAUCGUGGUUGCAGUGAAACUUAUCUUAUUGCACACAAUCAGCGUCCACACAGUGAGGAGACACCGCCACAAAAAUGUACUUGUGAGACGUGGUUGAGUGUGUGGGGACCUUCACACAGUCACAGCUCUCCAGACACCCUGUUCCAGCCAGCUAAUGCAAACCUUAAACAAGUCUGCUACUGUCUACAGCUGCUGAUUGACAUCUCGGGUACCGAAAAAAUCAGGCCAGAGGCUCGCUCUUGGGCUUCCUGGCUUGUCACACAAAUCCACACCCCGAGCAGUGGUUUUGCAGAGCUGGGAAGGCUCAUGGUUGUGGAGCUGUAAGAGUCAGCAGCUCUGCCCAGGAGGAGCAGAGGGGGGAUGGGGUAGGGGCUGAGGACAGAGCCAUGGUACACAACGGCUCAGUCCCCCUCACAGCAACACCCCAGACUCCAGGUCUAUCCCCGGAGCAAGGGGCCGCCAACGGCCGCUCGUCCGGGAGGAGACGGACACCCAAGUCAUGUGACUGCUGCGGACCCAACGGCAAAGGCCACGAUGAGAAGAGCCACCACAGCGGGACGCCCGGGCGCAGGGGUGCGGGCCAUUCGGGGAGGGGGCGGGGCCUGUCGGGGAGGGGGAGGGGCCAUCCAGGCAGAGGUAGGGGUUACCCGGGAAGGGGCAGGUCGCUGGAGCUUGGAGACAUCCCUAGAAGGAAACCUGGCCGUCCGCCCUGGAAGAAGACUGUGGAGAUCGCGGAGGAGACCAAAGACUCUCUGGUGGAGGAGGUGACGGACUUUGAAUGUCCGUCCCCCUCAUACCCUCCAGGGGAGCAGGGGGGGGACUGUGUGGCUGAGCUGGGGACUGGCAUGGAGCAGCAGACGGGGCCCGUCUCUGGGGAGUCUGGGCCUCUCUCUGGGGAGUCUGGCUCUGGCACUGCUGGGUCAGGGGUGGAAGCUGGAGAGGAGGGUUCGAGGGAGGACUGGUUAGUCCCCUCAGGGGAGGAGCAGCUGGAGGGGGCGUGUGACCCUGGCAAACCCCCGCAGACGGGUGGAGUGAUGGAGGUGGAGCAGCUGCCACCUCAGGCAACUGGAGCUGUUGUUCUGUCCAACGGCACCACGCCAACGCCGCCAUCACCACCUACAUCGUUGGAGUCUGCCCCAAUGGAGUCUGCCCCAAUGGAGACGGAACCAUUGACUCUGUCCACUGUUUCCCCCAUCCACAUACUCCUGGACACCACCCUCCAUCCCCACGCUCUGUGGGACCACUGUACGUACUGCAAGCCUGGGACAUGGGCGCAGGAGGAGGGCAACUCCCCACCAGGUCAGCCCUCCAAGCCCCAGCCCUGCCCUGCAGACAACAGCCAUGAAGGGAUCAGAGAGAUCGUCCACGAGUUCCUGGAACACUUCUAUGUGAAGUACGGGAGCUUUAUCCCCUUAAGUGAGAGUGAUAUCAUGGAGCAUCUGAAGAAGACUUGCAACUCAGAACUCACCAACAGGAAGCUAAACAUCCAUUCGGAGGUGGUGAAGUACAAGGCGGGGCUGGCCUCAGCUCCUAUGACGUCGUUCAUGGUGACCUAUAACAAACACACUCUGACCCUGGAGGACCUAAGCACACUGGAUGAGCAGAACUGGGUCAACGACCAGGUCAUAAACAUGUACGGGGAACUGAUCCUGGAAGCGACUCAGCACAAGAUCCAUUUCUUCAACAGCUUCUUCCACAGACAGCUCGUGGCCAAAGGCUACGAAGGGGUGAAGAGGUGGACUAAAAAGGUGGACCUGUUCUCCAAAAGGCUGCUGUUGAUCCCUAUCCAUCUGGAGAUCCACUGGUCUCUCAUCACGGUGGACAUGACCAACCAGCACAUCAACUACUACGACUCCCAGGGCAUCGUCUUCAAACACACCGUUGACAACAUCAUGAGAUACAUUCUGUCUGAAGCCAAGGAGAAGAAGCAGGCGGUCUUCCAGAAGGGAUGGAAGAUGAUCAUAAACAAGGGGAUUCCCCAGCAGAAGAACGACAGUGACUGUGGCGUGUUUGUCCUGGAGUACUGCAGGUGUCUGGCCCUGAAACACCCUCUGCAGUUCACCCAGGAUGACAUGCCCAGGGUCCGUAAGAGAAUCUACAAGGAGCUCUGUGACUGUGGCCUGAGUGCCUGAGCCAGCAGCUCUGAGGGCCAGUAUCGUCCAACCAGAUCCACCCUUACUGCCUGGGUGCUCCAGCACUGCCCUAUCAGAUGGACCCUUACUACUAUGUAGGGCGAGAGUAAUACACAACAAACACAACGAGAAGGAAGCUGUGCUCUUGACAAGUCGAGUAUGUUUGCCAAUACGAGAUGGAAUAGAUGCCCCCUUAUUCCUUAGAGGAGGUUAAAGGUGUCCUGAUUGGUCAGUUUUAGCCUUUUACAUUUCGAUUUUGUUUUCCUGACCAUUCUGAAGCGGGAUGCCCCUUCGCUCACCACAACGCCUCCUCUGCUGUUCAUGAUCACAGGCUGGCUGAGCCAGGGAGCUGACGUCCGUUCCAAGAACAAACCCAUGUGACAUUUAAUAACCUGUCUACUCGGGUCAACCGUUGAACCGAGCUAUCUGGCAGAGCAGACAUUUUCAGAUGAAACUUGAAGGAUCCAGCGUGCUGUCUCCUGCUAUGUGUGCAGAUGGACGAGGCCAACAGAAGCUGUAAACUGAAUGUAACGUUAGGACGGGCUAUUGACUGUCUAUUCUUAGUUUGCUUUCUUCUGAGCACCUCGCCAGGUUACGCACUGUUCAGAGCUAGCUAUGAGGUUAGCUCACGCGCCGACCAGAGUGACGAGGGAGCUGGGUUGCAGUUGAAGAACAUUCUCCCAGACAAAUGAACCCUCACCUCUGCUCCUGUUAGAACAACCAGACUCAUACAAUUAUUACAUCAGACCCUAGGUUGACUGGCAGUGAACAUGUAGGAAACAUAGCUAGUACUAUUGAACACACUGUAUUGCAUUGUAUCGCUCAAGUUAUUUUUUAAAACACUUUUCUAGAUUAGGCUGGUCUAUUGGUGUGUGUGUUGGUUGCCUGGUAACAACAAAUCUGGGACCAGGCUAAGUCAUGAAACAAUUAAAGUGUUAAUGAUCACAGCUGAAUUAUUGAAUUAUAUUUGUGUAUACUGGUUCAAUUGCUUUGACUUGUGUUGAUAUAAAUUAUCUAUGGUUUUGAUUAUGUUGUGUUGGGUGGUUGGUUUGGGGUUAUUUGGACUAACUACCAGUGCAAUCAGACCUUGAGGCUGAAUCCAUUCUUCAGGUACAUUAAUUUAGUUUUAUUGGUAUUUGAACUGUAUUGUAGGUAGUGCAAAUGACCCCAAUAGUUGAUUUCUAAGUUUAGUAUAUUUAAGUUAGAUUCAGGUUCUGUUUUUCCAUGUUGCUCAAAUUCCUAAAAGUGACAUUUGCAAUUCCAAUUGGACAACUCCAGCCACAAAGCUUUCAUGCAGCUAUAGCUGAAUUAGAUUCACAUAUGGCAGAUGUGGUGUGGUUAAGAUUGACUUUAUUUAAGUGAUUGGGCCCCCAGACCAUAUAGACCUGGAAAAAGGUUACCCUGACCACAGGUGAGGUACAGGAGUAAGACGUGCUAAAGGAUGCCCUUGUGUUUCGUUUUUGGUAUUUUUGAUGAUGUAAAACAGUACUACUGUGACUGUGGCAUGGAGCCAAUGUUCUGGGAACUUAAAGUGGGCCUGUCAAUGUUGGAACGCUUGAGCAAACUGUAGAAUACAUAUAAAGAUAUGGUCCUCUUACGGAGUGUGUAAAGUUACUUGAAGCAUAACAAUAAAGCUGUCCGACAGUGUCUGC